UACGGCAAACGUGUUUCCUUGAGUGCGCAGAACCUCCUGGACUGCUCUCAGGCUGAAGGCAAUGAGGGCUGCAAUGGUGGUCUAAUGAGUAAUGCCUUCCAGUAUGUUAGGAACAACAGAGGUCUGGACACAGAAGAAUCCUAUCCAUAUGUUGCAAGAGAUGGACCCUGCAACUACAGGCCUGAGUAUUCUGCUGCCAAUGUCACUGCCUUUCAGACAAUUCCUCGGCGGGAGGAGGCCCUCUUGGUGGCAAUGAAAAACAUGGGAUCCAUCUCUGCUGCUAUAGAUGCAAGCCUGGAUACCUUCCGCUUCUAUAAAGGAGGCAUUUAUUAUGAUCCAAAGUGCAGCAGUGAAGACCUGAAUCACGGUGUUCUGGUGGUUGGCUAUGGCUUUCAAAGAAAAGAAUCCGAUAACCAAAAAUAUUGGUUUGUCAAGAACAGCUGGGGCACUGACUGGGGCAUGGGUGGCUACAUAAAAAUGGCCAGAGACCGGAAUAACAACUGUGGAAUCGCCACCAGGGCCAGCUUUCCUAUCGUGUGAGAUGAUGGUGAUGAAGAAGACCUUGACGGAGAACAGAAUAUCCAGGAAAUGUAUUUUAUUCUAAAGUUGAUCACAUCUUAUUUUGUGGGGUAAAACACUUGAAUCACUGGAGAUGCAAGUUGUGACGAAUUCUGUUAGUGUUUACGCUGGUGACGAAACUACUUCUUUAAUCCCUGCUCUAAUCAACAGUGUGUGAUUAAGUUCCUUAAUAACUUUUGAAUGUUCAUGUUUUAAUUUUUUAACAUGUAUUUUUGAAAGAGAGACAGGCAUACAGGGUGUGAGUGGGGGAGACCAG